AUGAAAUUUAGCAGGCAUGACACCUCAGCUGAAAUAGAUUUUGCAACAAGACCAGAAAAAGGUGGAUAACCAAAUUUACAAGAGAGGUUUCGGAACUCUGCUCUUUAGAAAAAAUGGUUGUUCUGUGCUCCACAUGGUCUGCACCUAACCUCUUUUCAGCGAUAGCUGUCAUAAAUUUGUUUUGAUCAAGGAUUUUGUGUUUUUCCCUGAUUUUUCCUUGUAAUACAAGAUAUGGCAAUUGAUAAACCAAUAGCACAUAGACCGGGAGCCUUCAAGCAAACAAACAAAGAACAUAAACAUGGAAGACAUCGUUCAAAAGGCUCCAUAAGCCUGGCUGCUAAAGGUAAAAUAUCUAUUAAAACGAUUUCUAAGAAACUUAAAAAGGACCUGAAUAAAGAUCAGAGACGCAACCAAGCGAUCCAGUUAAGGAAGAAAAAGAGAGAUGAACUCUUGGCUAAGAAGCGAUCCCUAGGUGGCACAGACUAUGCCCCCUUCUUGGUAUGCAUAAUACCAUUGAGCAAGGAUAUUUACCCAGACACUGCAGUGGCUAUACUUGAGCAGUGUGAUGAAGAGGCUGUUGUUAGUAAAAGCCCCUUAGGCUCAACACACAUUAGUGUCCCAAGGUUUAAGCAAAGAUUUGAAUUUAUUACCCCACCUGCUGGAGAUGAUUUUGCUGUACUUGAUACUCUGAAAAUAGCAGAUACUGUUGUGUUCUUAAUAUCAGCUGCAAAAGGACUGGAGGAAAAUGAAGACUUGGUAGACAGAUGGGGUAAUAAUAUACUUUUGUCAUCAUUUGCUCAAGGAUUGCCAACACCAGUUGUUGUGAUCAGUGAUCUGGAGAGUAUAGCACCCAAAAAAAGGCAGGAACAUAAACAGAAUAUACAAAAACUAGUCAACAAAUGGCUACCAGAUGAAAAAGUGAUGACAUUAGACAAGAAUGCGGAUGGUGUCAACCUUCUAAGAAGAAUAGGCAAUCAAAAAGGAAAUCUGUUCUGUAUAGAGACAGAAGGCCACACUUGAUAGCUGAGACAGUUGAAUAUGUCUCUCAUAGUGAAGGUGCAUUGGGAACCUUGAAAGUAACAGGGUAUUUGAGAGGCGCCACUUUAUCUGUGAACCAACUGGUGCAUAUACCAGGACUAGGUGAUUACCAAAUGGUGCAGAUUGAUGCACCUACUGAUCCCUAUAAAGUAGAAAAGAACAAAAAUAAAUCAGAAAAUGCAAUGGAUUCUGACCAAAUCGUGAUAAGGCUUCUUGAAAAAUGUGAUCCCUCAAAACAGGAAUCACUAGACUCAGAAAAUGUUCCUGAUCCCAUGGAUGCUGAGCAAACCUGGCCUACAAGUGAAGAAAUUGAAAUGGCUGAAAAAGAACAAAAGACGAAGUUAGUAAAGAAGGUUCCUAAAGGCUGGUCAGACUACCAAGCGGCUUGGAUUCCCGACGACCCUGAGUUUUUCGAAGAAGAUUCUGACGAAGAAAGUGAAGAGGGCAUGGAAGAAGCAAUGUCAGAGGAUAAAUCAGAGAACUCCGACCAAGACCAAGAUGCUGAUGAGUUUCAGACUGCGGUAGAUUCGGAAGUCGCAAUUAGCGAUGAGAAAUAUGACAAGGAGAUGGACAUGGAAGCUGAAAAACGAGAGUUGGAGAAGUUGAAGGCUGCAAAGAGUGACAGGCAGUUUCCUGAUGAAGUCGACACGCCCAUGGAUCAGCCUGCAAGGAUACGGUUUCAAAAGUACAGAGGGUUGGAAAGUUUCAGGACAUCUCCAUGGGAUCCCAAAGAAAACUUACCUAGUGACUAUUCAAGAAUUUUUCAGUUUGAAAAUUUCGAUAGGACUAGGAAAAGAGUGUUGGCGGAACAGGAAGAUAAGGAAGGUGCACUGCCUGGGUGGUAUAUCACGAUCCAUUUGAAAGAUGUAUCACAGUUGCAAUGGUCUGCAUUCAAGUCCACAAACAAACCUUUGGUGGUCAUCGGAAUGUUCCCACACGAACACAAAAUGUCUGUGUUGAAUGUGGUAUUGAAGAGGACUAACAAUUUCACAGCUCCAAUAAAGUCGAAAGAAAGAUUGAUCUUUCAGUGUGGAUACCGCAGAUUUACUGUGAACCCUGUUUUUAGCAGUCAUACUAAUGGACAAAAGCAUAAGUUUGAAAGAUACUUCCAACCAGACUCAACGGCCGUAGCUACCUUUUAUGCCCCUAUACAGUUUCCUCCAGCUCCAGUACUUUGCUACAAAGAAGUAUUUGGGACACUGGUACUAGUGGCAACUGGAAGCCUUCUGUCAUGCAAUCCAGAUAGAUUGGUCAUCAAAAGGAUUGUUUUAUCAGGACAUCCAAUGAAAAUCCAUAAAAAAUCUGCAGUGAUCAGGUUCAUGUUCUUCAAUAGAGAAGAUAUCGUGUAUUUUAAACCAGUCAAACUAAGGACCAAAAUGGGGAGAACUGGACAUAUUAAAGAACCUUUAGGUACUCAUGGCCACAUGAAAUGUGUUUUCGACGGUCAACUAAAAUCCAUGGACACAGUGCUACUAAAUCUAUACAAAAGGGUGUUUCCCAAGUGGACAUAUGAGGACCUUCUUGUGAACUGUGACAAUAAUGAGGGUAGCAUGGAAACAUAGAAUUAGGAAUGUUCAUUUUCUGCAUAAUAGACUUAUGCAACGCAACUGAUCCUUUUUAUUUUAUGUUUUUGAAUGUUAAAUUAAUAAAACAAUAUAAGAAUCUAA